AUGGAGUUCGGGGGGAGCAAUUACUUUCGGUUUAGGUUAGCGUUAAGUAUGAUAAGCGGAAAAGCUAUUACAAUUAAAAAUAUUCGAAGUAAAAAAAAAAGAAAAAAAUAUAUGGUAGUAGGGGAUGAUGAAGAAUUAAUUGUAGGGUUACAGGAAUAUGAGGCUAAACUUUUAAAACUUAUUGAUAAGUUAUGUGAUGAUACCAUUAUCAAAAUUAACGAAGAUGGAGACGAACUAUAUUUUAAACCAGGAUUUUUAAUAGGUAAUGUUAUUGAUGAAGUACGAAUAAGUGAUUUAAAUAAUUCUUUUCAUUGUGGAAAGGAAAGGAGUAUAACAUAUUUUCUUGAAUUUUUACUUAUGAUAGUCCCAUUUUUUAAAAAUCCUGUAAAAUUAUUAUUAAAAGGAAUAACAGAUGAUUGCAUUGAUAGCACUGUAUAUACAUGUAAAAUAGUGAGUGAGCAUUUUUUUAAAACAUUUUUAAAAGUUGAUAACAACUUUUUAAAUAUUAAUAUUUUAAAAAGAGGAAUAAAAUCUGACUGUUCAGGUGAAGUAUUAUUUUUUAUGAAUAAUUUAAAAACUAUUAAUUCUUUUGAUAUGCAUGAUAGUGGGUUGGUUAGAAAAAUAACUGGAACAGUAGUAAGCAAAAAUAUUUCAUUAGUUUUUCGAAACAAAUUUAUUAAUUUUGCAAAAAGACACUUACAAAUUUUUACCCCAUACGUUAGUAUUGAAAUUGAAAAAGUAAAAGGUAAAGAUGAUUAUUUGAAAAACAAUUUUAUCUCUUUAUCCUUAUUUGCACACACCAAGAACAAAUGUAUUUAUGGGUCUGACUUGUGCAUUGACGAGCCUUUUCUACAGCAUGUUAAGAACACGCUAAAACGGGUUAAACCAAGCGAUAGGACUCACAUGCAAGAGGUACCGUACAACAAUAUGGACAUUACAAAAAUUGUCGAAUGUGUAGCUAAUCAUGGGAGGAAAGAACAUGAAGAUAUUGAGGAGAAAGGUCAGUUUGAAAAUGAGAAAAAUAUUGAUGACUGUACCGAAGUUGAGAAUGAAAAUAGUUCCCAUUUAGAGAGUAGAGAUGAUGAAAUACAAACCCAGUGUAAAGACGAAAAGAACAUGGUUCUAAGUAAUGACAACAUAUCAUGUUUUAUGGGACAAGAGUGGUAUAUUAAAAAUGAUAAUGUUAUCGGUAAGAUGACGUGUAAUUUACGAGAUGCUGAAAUAUAUGAAAGACUUGGGUUUUUUAUUUCCCUAAAAAUGAUGAAUGAAAUAAAAGGAUUAUCAUCAGUUGAUACAAAUUAUCAGUGGUUGCCAUUAUUAUAUAUGUCCUUAGCAGAGGAUACUACUGUAUCAAAAAUUUCUCUAAAUGUUGUUAAGCCAUAUUCAAUUGCUCUCAUUAGAUUGUUAAGAGACUUUUUUAAUGUAGUAUUUGAUAUUAAGAAAGUAGAAAAAUCACAAAUUGAUUUUUCGUAUAUUAUCAAGUGUGUGGGUAUAGGAUAUCGUAACUUUUCGAAAAAGACCUUUUAA